GGUGGAUGUUGUGCGCAAAACCUCCAGACAGUUUGACGGAGAGCGAUCCAUCCAAAGAGCGCACACAUGGAUAAUUAACGGACAUUACGCUUCGCUUUUUCUUUUGUACACACAUAUAGAAACCUCUCGCUGUGGUUUAUCUCGUUUUGUUUUUUCUUCAACCCUGUGAUGUUGCUUUUGCCCCGGAGGUGUUAUAAUUAAAACCUGCUCGAUGUCUCUCAUCAGUUUAUAACCGAGACAAAAUGAGGAUUUCUUCCGGCGACUGGUUCCUGUUGAUGUUCUCGGGCUUUUGGGGACUGACAAUGGGAGCUUUCCCGAGCAGCGUUCAGAUCGGCGGUCUGUUCAUCAGGAACACGGAUCAGGAAUACACCGCCUUUCGUUUGGCGAUCUUCCUGCACAACACAAGCCCGAACGCCUCGGAGGCGCCGUUCAACCUCGUGCCUCACGUGGACAACAUUGAGACGGCCAACAGCUUCGCCGUCACCAACGCCU